AUGGCUGGGCCGAAUCAAUCAACAGCAGCACCAGCCCCGCUCGGCUGGGAUCACGACCGGGAUAUCAACCGCAGCCCUGACCUCUCCGAUAAAUCAGAGGAGCCUAAGCUGAAGGACUAUGACAUUGAGAGUCAUGGUCGUCGCCGCAGUUCGCAACAUGUUCAUGCGCUCGACUCUUCUUCCACGACGGAAAGUGUCGGGCGCCAGAUUGAGCUGGAGUCGGAGAAUACUAUCAAGUACCGCACACUGCUGCGUUGCUCUUCUCCGGAGUACAUCUGUCUGGCUAUUAUGUCCUUCCCCUGGUCAUAUUCCAUUCUGGGCCUUGUCCCGGGUUUGAUUUUGACGGUGGUGAUUGCUGGAAUCGUCUUGUAUACCUCGCUGAUUAUCUGGAGAUUCUGUCUGCGACACCCUGAAGUCCGCGACGUAUGUGACAUUGGCCAGUACCUAUUCUGGGACUCCAAGAUCGCCUGGUGGGCCACAGCAGUGAUGUUCCUCUUGAACAACACCUUCAUCCAAGGCCUGCACUGUGUCGUAGGCGCCGAAUACCUGAACACAAUGUCCAACGGCGCCGUCUGCACAGUGGUUUUCUCACUGAUUGUGGCCAUCAUUUCGUGGAUCUUCUCGCUGCCACGUACAUUCAGCGCCCUAUCCAAGGUAGCAACCUUAUCAGCAUUCUUUACCUUCGUCUCCGUCAUCCUAGCCGCCGUCUUCGCUGGAGUCGAAGACCAUCCUAAGGGAUACACUCCGGCAGACGGGGACCCGAUUUUCCUCGCCAUCCCUCCCAAGGGCACGACCUUCGUGCAGGGCAUGAACGCGUUCCUGAAUAUCAGCUAUACCUUCAUUGGCCAGAUCACUCUGCCCAGUUUCAUCGCUGAGAUGAAGGAGCCCCGCGAUUUCUGGAAGUCUGUGACCGCAGUUACCAUUGCGGAAAUCAUCGUGUUCAGUCUGGUCGGCGCUAUCACGUAUGUCUAUGUCGGAACGCAGUAUAUGACCGCUCCCGCCUUCGGCUCUCUCGGCAACGAUGUGUACAAGAAGGUUUCAUUCUCGUUCAUGAUUCCGACCAUGAUCUUCUUGGGUGUCCUGUACGCCUCAGUCUCGGCGCGAUUCAUCUUCUUCCGCUUAUUCGAGGGAACCCGCCACAAGGGUAACAACACCGUUGUUGGAUGGGCUGCCUGGGCUGGAAUCCUUGCUGGGCUGUGGAUCAUGGCUUGGAUCAUUGCGGAGGUUAUCCCCUUCUUCUCGGAUCUUUUGUCGAUUAUGAGUUCGCUUUUCGAUUCAUUCUUCGGUUUCAUUUUCUGGGGAACUGCGUAUAUGCGCAUGCGCGCUGCGGAUCAUGGUCCUCGCUUCUUUAUGGUUCGGGGUAUUCGUGGUUGGUUGGGAUUCAUUUUUAAUGUUUUCCUUAUUCUUGUUGGAUUCUUCUUCUUGGGACCUGGUACUUAUGCUGCCGUUAUGUCUGUUGUAAGCAGUUACCGGGAAGGCACCGUCGGCGGCGUCUUCACCUGUGCCAGUAACGCACUCUAA